AUGGCGCCCAUCCACAAGACACCCAGCGAAGAAGAAAUCGCAAAAACCCUCGGCAACCUCAAGCUCUCGCCCUCACAUCCCGAGAAGCCCCUCAAGAAACCCAAAUCCAAGCCGGUAGCCGACAGUUGGGACGACGACGACGCCCUCAGCUCCUCCGACACCGAGACCGAAACCAGCAAUUCCACCACAAAAAAGGGCAAGGCAUCCCAACAAGACCCGCAAGACGGCAAAUCCUCACCCCAAGACGCCCUAAAACCCCUCUCAACAACCUCCUCCCACACCGACGACACCGACGUGCCCCCGAACCCCCCACCUCCCACCCCCGCCUCACCCACGCAAUUCGAGUACCCUCACGGCGACAAUGUAGGGUACAGCAUUGGUAAUGACGGACCGCGGAGUAGGAGUAGCCCUGCGAGUCUGGAUAAGCGACCUGAGAAGACGACGGCGGUGGCCGGGAGGAUGAUUGCGGGGGCGUUGGGGGUGCGGGCGCCGAGGCGGACGGAGGAGGAAAGAGAGUAUGAUCGCGUUAUGAGGGAGAAGGAGAGAAAGAGGCGGGCGGAGGAGAAGGAGAGGGAGAAGAGGGAGGCGGAGGCGAGGGAGGCGAGGAAGAAGGCUGUUUGGGAUGAUUAG